AUGGCGACAGAUCUCCUGCAGGCUCGCGCCUCCAAAACCGCCCAACUCUACGCAGACCCGCACAACCCGCACCUCUACCUCGACCGCGCCCGCCUCUACGAGCAACUUGGAUUCCCCGAUCUCGCUGCCGCGGACGCCUACCGCGCACUGUCGCUGCUGGAGUCUGUCGUUGACCCGGACGGGUGUGAGUUUCAUGCUAGGAAGAUCGAUACUACUGUGCACGGGGAGGACGAUAGAAGCAAUGAAGACGACGAGGACGCGGAUGAGGGUGUUCCUGUGACGCAGGAGGAGUAUAAUGCGCUCAUUGGCGAGGUCUAUGCUGUGCUGGUGCGCAGUCUUGUUCGAUGUGGCUGCUACCGCGAUGCGUUCGAGUUUGGCAUGCGUGGAAUUGGACUGCUGCGAGAAUUUGAUCCAAAGACGAGUGAUGCUUCCUCCAUUACCGUCUUGAACGAACAGAUGGAUCUGAUCAAGGAGGUCUACCAGUCGCGCACGACUACUGAGAAAGAUAUCGCCUUGGACGCAAUUGACCCCGUUGUUCUGCCGGCCCAGGGAUUUGCUCGUCGCAUCUUGUAUCCUUGGAACGAGCAUGAGCCGGAUCGCCGCGCGCCGGAGGAGUUGGCGACGUUGAAUGAGAGACUGAAGGAUGUUGCGCCCAAGUGUGAGGUGCGUGCUGUGACGUUGCCCGCGCUGCAUGGUGCAACGCCUGAUGAGGAAGAGGUCUCCAUUCAACUUGGUCUCUUCGCGAAGGAGGAUAUUGCGCCUGAUGAGAUUAUUCUGCGAGAGUCUUCGCUUUUGACGGCAACCAAUCGUCUCCAUGAUGACCUCUGCGAUGCUUGUAAUGCGCCUCUUCCCGAUCUCUCCGCCGCUGAGCCUCCUGUUGGAUGCGAGGGUGGAUGCGCCGAUACAGUCUUCUGCAGUCAGACAUGCCACGACACUGCCCAGGAGGUCUAUCAUGGCGCUAUCUGUGGUCUCGAAGAUGGCCUCGAGUCCAUCGGCAAGGACAUUCCUGACCCCAAGGAUAAAGCCGACUAUCUAUACCUACUCCUGCUAGGCCGCGCGUUGGCCAUGUCCGCCACGCAGGACGUCCACGCCCUUGACCUCCCCGAAGUCAAGUAUAUCUGGGGCGACUUCCAUGACUUCGACAUUAGCGAUAUAUCAACCCUCUCCGCGACAGCAGAUACAGACGAGGCUGCCACCCUGCCCUUCUCCUUUCAACUCAAUAUCCUCCAGCCCACCCGUUUCCUCGAGGAGAUGGAACUGGACCCAUACGCCUCGCUCCCCCGCUACGACACUUGGGUUCUGAACACGCUGUAUGCCAAGUUUCGCGGCACAGCCUCUGGCCGCCUGUCCACUUGGGAUGGGGGUCCAGAGCUGUGCGCCGUGCAUCCGCUCUGGUGCCUGGCGAAUCACUCGUGUGAUCCCAACGUGCGGUGGGAAUGGGGUGGUGAAAUCACUUUCCGGGCGCGGAAUGACGAGGAGACGGCGGUUUGGUCAAGGACGCUGGACAAUGGAAAAAUCGAGAUGAGGGAUCCAAAGUCUGGGGGGAUUCGGAAGGAUCAGGAAAUUUUGAACCAUUAUUGUGAUAUUGGGCUGCCUGUCAAAGAGAGAAGGGAGUGGGCGUGUGGUGCGCUGGGCGGGAACUGUCGGUGUGAUCGGUGCGUGUGGGAGGCGCUCGAGGACUGA